AGAAGAAGCUAAGAGAGAUACGCGUGUCGACCGAAUAGUAGUUCGAUUGAGAACAAAGAGACACGAUGGAUCCUUAUUCAUUGAGCGUGGAGCGAGAAGCAUCGAAGAAUAUCGAAGAGAAUGAGCGAGAGUGCUUUAAAGAUGCGAUCGUCUCGAGUCGGAGCCUCAACAAAGGUUUCGUCGAACCAACGAACCUUAGAAAUGCUAUCCGAGAGAUUGCUGCCUGCAUCAUUGCAGCGUCUUUCCACAUAGCGGUAGGCUUCACCAUGGCAUAUUCAGCAAUUCUCAUUCCUCAUCUCGAGAAAGAAAACGCACGGUUACAUGCCACGCAAGAACAAACUUCUUGGAUAGCCAGUCUAGCCGUCGUGAGUGCGCCAGUUGGUGCCUUAAUAGGGGGCUUCCUCAUGGAAACGUUUGGUCGAGUGAGAACUCUGCAGAUCGGUGCGAUUCCCUCUUUGAUUGGUUGGAUCUUAAUUGGUAAAUCGAUCAAUAUACCGAUGUUACUAGUCGGUCGUUUGUUAACUGGAUUAGCGACCGCCCUGAUGACUUCGCCAGCAAUCGUCUACAUCACUGAGGUAGCCAGGCCGGAACUCCGUGGAUCUUUGAUCUCAUUUGGACCAACGCUGGCAUCAUUCGGCAUGGUGCUGUGUUAUCUGAAGGGUGCUUACAUAAAAUGGGAAUUCGUCGCUUACUUCAGCAUCGCCUACUCAUUCGUACCCAUUUUUAUGGUGCAAUUUCUAGUACCGGAGUCGCCCAUCUGGCUUAUCUCAAAGGGCCGCAAAGAAGAUGCCAAGAAGUCUUUGGACUGGCUUUACAAGAAUGAGACAUCGGAAAGCAAGACAUCGGUGGCUCUGGCGCAAUUUAACAAUAUUGUGAAGGAAUACGAAAUUAAAUUGAACGAGCAACGACGUAGCAAACACGGUAGCGCAGCCAGUAAAUGGCGAGGAUUUUUUAAACCGACUGGAUGGAAACCUAUGGCAAUACUCUUCCUAUUCUUCUCGUUUCAACAAUUUUCCGGAAUUUAUAUCACGCUGUUUUACGCAGUGACUUGGUUCCAAGAAGUAGGUGCGGGUGUAGAUGCGUAUUUAGCAUCAAUUUUGGUGGGCCUGACGCGUUUCUUGUGCUCCAUGGUGAACACUUGGUUAUUGAGGCGAUACAAGAGACGAUCCUUAUGUAUUAUAUCAUCCAUCGGGAUGGCUCUGUGUAUGAUCGUCUCCGGUUAUUUCACGCUGAACAUUAAGAAUGGCGAUCGUAGCGGAUUCUGGGUACCGGUGGCUUGCCUGCUACUUUACGUGUGUACAUCGAUGGUCGGGAUGUUGACCAUUCCAUGGACUAUGACGGCGGAAUUGUUUCCGACCGAAAUCCGCGGGAUCGCCCAUUCCAUCAGUUAUUCUAUGGCAAAUUUACUCAUGUUCGCCGCGUUGCAGAGCUAUAGAAGUUUGCAAAUUUUCCUAGGAGGUGCGUAUGCGGUGCAGUAUUUCUUUGCCGGUGUUUCCGUGGGGGCGGCUAUUUUCGUAUGGCUAUUGCUGCCGGAGACGCACGGGAAGAAGCUGUCGGAGAUCGAGGAAUACUUUCACAAUAAUUUUCUGGCCUUGGGAGCGGAGGCGAAGGACAAAAAGCGGCGAGCUGCGAGAAGGGCUCAGCAGAAGGCGACCGAGCCACUCAAUCCGAAAAUCGUGCAGAACGUUUAAGCUCUCUUACUUUUCUCUUCGUUCUUUCGUAACGAUCCGCGAAUUUAUGAACGCAGAGUUCAAGAUGUCUCGGAGAAAGUGACUGAAAUAUUUAAAAAAAAAAAAAAUUCACGCAACUAGCAUUAAUUCUUACGCGACUAAUUUUCUAACCGUGUGCGAACCGUACGCCCGAGACAUAUUUAGUUGUGCAAACUAUCGUUUUGAUACAAAUGAUAUAACUAGUUUAUUCAUUCGACGUGAAUCGUAUCUGGCGAGACAAUCGAAUACUUGAAAUAUUUAGGAGAGUGGCACAACUUUAACGAACGGCAUGAUAAAUAAAGUGCGAAGCUAAAUCUUAGUGAAUGUAAUUUUGCGCUUCGUUGCUUUCAUUUAUUCUCUCCACUUAUAAUUACAUAAUUUAGAGUUUGAUCCAAACGUUCACGUGUGACACGCGCGUAUCGUACGAUGUACAAUAUAUGUACGAUAAAAGCGAAGCCAAUGAAAAAUGUUUCUCCAAUGUUUCGCUCCUCGUCGAACUAGAGCUGAUUAUACACGUCAAGAUAUAUUAUUAAUGUAACGUUAUGAAAGAGAAAAUUACAAAUAAUGAGAGAGAAAAAGAGAGGGAGAUAGUACACCGCGCGAUAAAAAAUGCGAGACUUGGCGUUUAGCAAAGAAUCGUAUACGCUUCGCGCGCAAGAACGUCCAAUCAUAGUGCCUCCAAUUUUCCUUUCCUACGAAAAUUUCGCACGAGGAUUAUCGUUACAGUAUUAUAAUGCCGAUCUGAUGUUGCAUAGAAUUACAUAGAAUUGAUCGCGAUAAAGAAUUCUCCGCUUUCUAAACUGUCACUCGAUUUUGCCGCAGUUUUAUUUCAAUGGCAUAACGGUGCGAUCUCGGAAAGAUUAAUAAUUUACGAUUUACGAACAUUAACAUAGACAAUUUAAAACCGUGAAAAUUUAAUAUAUUGAGUAAUUAUGUAAUAAACGAAUAGUUUGUAUAGAUAUCGGAGAGAUGUGAUUGUGUCGCUGAAAUUUUAGUCUAAGAUAGAGAAAAAAUGUAUAGCGAUUUGUAGUAAAUUCUCCGAUCGAGCAUUCCUUCUCUCUAAAUUUUUACUUUGGAGUGAAAUCUUAUUUUAAAAAGUUGAUUUCUCAUUAAAGAGUUCAUCUCAUUCUAAAGAGUGAGAUUUCAUUCCGAAAAAUUGAAAUAGUUCUCGAUAUAUUAUAAUUUCGCGAAUUCGCUGCGAUCAAGUGAGUUUAUUGAGCGGAUAAUUUGCUUGCGCUCGGCGCCGUUUAUUUAGGACAGAUACUUAGAUUAUUCAAGAAAUAUUUAGUUUAAUGUCAUUAAGGAUCAUUUAGACGGAGCGAGACGUUGUUUAAAAAAGUAGCUCGCAAUGGUACACGGAAAGAAUGGUUUUGCUAAUCAUAUAGAAAAAUUAG